UUCUUACUUUCUUUCCCCCACUGCCUUGUCCCAUCCCCCCAUGACCAACACCGACGCCGACGACUAUAUCGGCAGCGCUCGCACCAUGUCCUCCUCGGCCGCCGCCGGCACCGCAGCCCCUUCGAUUCGGCUCCUGAAGCGGCAGCUGCGCCGACAAAUGUCGUCGACACUCGCCUCUGUCGCGCCAGCCUCGCUCGCCGCGCAGUCCGCGCAAGUCGCCGCACGCAUCCUCGCCUCGCCGACGUAUACCCGCGCUCAGCGGGUCUGCGUCUAUGUGAACACGGACACGUCCGAGGUACGCACCGAUGACAUCUGCCGGUCUGUGCUGCUGCAACAAAAGGAGCUGUAUGUGCCCCGCUUUGCGACCGAAGCCGGCGUCAAGGGCGCCUUUGAGAACGACAUGAAGAUGCUCCGGAUACGCGACUGGGCCGACUUUGAGAUUAUGGUCCGCAACCGGUGGGGGAUUAGGGAACCAGAGAUUGACGGGCGGCAAGACGCGCUCGAUGAAUCAACGGGCGGGCAAGGGCUCGACCUCAUCCUGGCACCUGGCGUUGCCUUCGACGUUCAAGGUGGCCGAUUAGGUCACGGCAAGGGCUACUACGAUCGCUACCUUGCUCGUGCCGAUGCGUUCGCGCGAGAAACAGGCGCACAGCUUCCCACCUCGGUCGCAUUGAGCCUCGAGGAGCAGAUACUUCCGCCUGAUCAGAGGGUGCCGGCAGAUGAAGACGACCGCACGCUAGAUGCCAUUGUCCAUCCUGGCGGCGUCUUCCAUACGACUCGACGAUGGCAAGAGGGGUGAGAGAGUCAUUGGAAAACAGCGUCACUUUGGUAGAGCGUCAUUGUAGCAGAAAUAAGGAUGUUUAUGUGAGAGCUAUGAAAAAAGAGUGAUGCCGAAGGUAC